CGGCGAGGCACUAGGACCCUGCAGGUGCAGCAGAGAUUUUUCAAUAAUGUGCAGUGCAGUCGCGUUCAUAGGAGCGCGAGGGCAGCUGUUACAGCGUCCCUCUCGCGCAGCUGUUCCACAAUCUCCAAAACACUGAUCGCGAAUACGGAUCCAAAGUGUGCGGAUAGUCCUCUUUUUCCUCUCCGAGACGCAGCGCAGCAUCAGCCCAGGGCAUCCAGCCGACAUGGCCUCAUCCGUGAGCGGAGCAGAGGAAGUGCGCGUGUCGGCGUUGACGCCCCUGAAGUUGGUGGGUCUGGUGUGUGUUUUCCUCGCGCUGUGCCUGGAUGUCGGGGCCGUGCUGAGUCCGGCGUGGGUCACCGCCGAUGACCAGUACCACCUGUCCCUGUGGAAGUCGUGCUCGAAGCCCGCUGCCUCCGCGACCUGGCGGUGCAACAGCACACUGGGGACCGACUGGCAGAUCGCCACAUUGGCUUUGCUGUUGGGUGGAGCGUUUCUUAUCCUCCUCUCCUUCCUGGUGGCCCUGGUGUCUGUUUGCAUUCGUUCCAGGAGACGCUUCUACCGACCGGUCGCGAUUAUGCUCUUCGCUGCAGUGGUCCUGCAGGCCUGCUGUUUGGUGCUGUAUCCCAUCAAGUUCAUCGAGACCAUCAGUUUGAGAAUAUACCACGAGUUCAACUGGGGGUACGGUCUGGCCUGGGGAGCCACCAUCUUCUCCUUCGGCGGAGCCAUUCUCUACUGCCUGAACCCUAAGAACUACGAAGAUUAUUAUUAAACCACAGCCACAAUGCACUUCGAUGUCCCUCUUCACUGUUGUGAUAGCAGCUCAUGCACUGAACUGACACAAAGACCCUCAAAAUGCGGGGCAGACGCUGAGCUGAUAGAUCCAUAUUUUGAUUCUCCUUCAGAUUGCUCUAUUAUUCAAUUAAACCCUUUCGUCACACUCUUUCUUUUUCCGUCUGUCAUAUCUCUCUCUGCUCGUGCCGAUUUAACACGUCUGAUCAUCUUCUGACUGUCAGAUGAGCGUUUGACUCCAGAUGUCAGUCUGCGUUCGCAGGAGAGCUGCUAGUCUGUGAUGUAAUCAGCAGGGAAACCUCCAUCUGUGGUGGGAUCUGAAGCGAGGCAGACAGAUGCCUGCAAAUCUGACACUAUCAAACUUUGCCAUGAGAGACGCAGCAUUUGUUUUGGGAUUUGACAGAUGCAGGAGAGAAGGUUUAAAGGCAAUUAUAGUCUCUGGAAUGCAUCAGAAGAUAAAAAAAUAAACAAGCUGCGUCCGAAAUUGCAUACGUCCCUACUAUAUAGUAUGUGAAAAACAGUAUGUGAGUCAAGUAGUUUGAAAAACAGCUAGCGAGAAAUACCUGAAUGCCAUACUGCUUCUGGCGAAAUUUUGUAGUGCGCAUCUGAUGGAUGCCAUACUGUCCUAUGAUGCCACAUUUGAAAAUUCUUGAAUGUGAGUAAAGCAACACUAUUGAUGUGGAUGAGUCAUUUGAUAGUCACAAUGGCAGAAUGCUGAAAAUCCAAUCAUACUAUUGACCUUAUUCUAAAAUGCGGAAGUGCGCCUGUUUUCGCGAUUGUCUUAGAACUUCCGAUUCAGUCCCCUAUGGGAGAAAUUACUAGGACUAAUAAAUGGCAAAAAAUGGUCAAACUACUUGCUCUACAAACAAAUGUUUGCAUGACUACACAGUCCAAGUAGAAUAAUAUAAUAAGAAAAUAUCAAAUUGCAACAUCAAGCAGCAUAACGAGCAGUUUUUAACGUCAAAAAAUGAAUGGAAGUGAAUGUGACCGGAAGUCGCGAGACAAAAAGAUUCAAAUGGCAGCGGACGCUCAUCAGCGGAGAAUAAGGUGAAUAUAAAACUUCCUUUUAUAAUGGUCGUUUUCUAUUUCAUUAUAUGUUCGUUAUAUUGUAUAAUGCAGUGUUUCCCAACUCUGUUCCUAAAGGCACACCAGCAGUACACAUUUUUAACCUCUUUCGAAUCAAACACUUCUAAAUCAACUCAUCAGAACAUUAGAAGAGACUCAAACCUGUUUAGGUUGAUGGGUCAGAUAAGGGACUUAUCCAAAAUAUGUACUGUUAGUGUCCAUCCAGGAACAGAGUUUGUAAGCACUGGUAUAACCGUCGUGCAAUUUUGGAAGCAGCAACAUCAUAGGUAUUCAAAGUCAAUUCCUGGAGAGCCGCAGUUCUGCACAGUUUUGCUCCAACCUUAAUCAAACACAGCUGACGCAAAUGAUCGAGGUGUUCAAAAGAAUCUUGAUUAGUUGCAUCAGCUGUUUUGAUUAGGGUUGGAGCAAAACUGUGCAGAGCUGCGGCUCUCUAGGAAUUGACUUUGACAUCUGUGAGUUACAGUGUUAUUAGUGCACAAGAGCAGUCAAACGAUUGAGUAUAAUGAUAAGCUUGUCAAAAACAGGCUUGAGGUGGAGGCACAUUUACAAAAAUCGAGCAAACUUUCACAGACAAAACGGUUCAUUGUAUACCAUCAAUAUUCAAGUGAUAUUUUAAGCACAGUUCACCAAAAAAAAGAAAAAAAAAGUCUAAUUUAAAAUAAAGCUUUGUUUGAUUUCAUGUUUGCGGUCAAGUUGGCUUUGUUGAUAAACCGCUAAAACGUGACACACAUCCCACGAAAAAUCCCAUAGAAUCGAUCAAAUCUGAUUGUGACUUUGAACCUUUUGAAGCGUUUCUAAUUUUCUGUGCCUUUUGCAUCAGACGCUAAGCCAACAAUCCGUGGACAUGACGUCUGAGGCCGAGACUACGUUUUGUUGGUCAAGACAGCAAAUUCACGCAAACAGUUUUUAAUCCUCUGCAAAAUAUUUUGCUGAUUGAAAUUACGCAGACAAAAUAAAGGACUAUAUGAAGCGAAGUGUGAAGUGCAGAUCAGAUCAAGCUACAUUCUGUUGGUCAACAUUACUAAUUAGUUUGACCAGUUUUGGAACUCAUUGCAUUUUUCAAACGCGUGGAAUCAUUUUGAGCAGAAUUUUGUCUAGUCUGUAGUCUAGGAGUGUCAAACUCAGUUCCUGGAGGGCCGCUACCCUACACAGUUCAGUUCCAAAUACUUGGUCACACUGCCCUAUAAACAUCCAUUUAUACGCAUACGACUGCGGCAGACCGGAUACGCAACCUCCUGCGUCAAGUUUCGCUAUUCACUGCAUUGAAAAAUUCAAGCUUGGUGCAUUCAGACAUGUGAAAUCGUGGUUGUGUAAGUAUAAUACAUGACCUUUGUGGACAGAAAUUGUCUAAUCAUCGUUUUAUCCCGCCCCUUUUCGCAGCGCUGUACAACAGAAUUUGGCAUGCUCAAACUCUAGUGUGACCACGGCUUUACCUGUAGGUUUCAAACAAGCCUGAAUGACUCAAUUAUUUUGAUCAGGUGUGUUUAAUUAGGGUUGGAACUCAAGCCCCGGUCACACUGCACUUUUUGCCCCAUAGACUUUCAUUCAUACAAGUUUUGCAGUUCGCUGUGUUGAAAAGUUCAAACUUGGUAAACUUUAUCCUGCGAAAUUGCGUGAUACCAAUCGAAGAUCAAACAUGUCCUUUCUGGACAGACAUUUAAAAUAUGGACCAGUCGCUUGUUUUAAAAAAAAAAAAAAAAGACUAACCAUCUUGUUUAAUCCCGCCCCUUUUCGCAGUGCUGGUGACCGCGGUAUUACCUGUAGGUUUCAAACAAGCCUUAAGGACUCAAUUAGUUUGAUCAGGUGUGUUUAAUUAGGGUUAAAACAAAACUGUGCAGAGCCGCGGCCCUCCAGGAACUGAGUCCCAAAUUGCACACUAUACACCUCCACACUCAACAGCAUAGUAUAUGAAUGUAGUGUCGUCCCAAAUGGAACACUAAUGUUUUUUUUUUUUUUUUACCAAGCGGAAAUUCAAAUUGUUUCCCGUUUGCUUUCACAAUCCAAAAUAAAAAAAGUAAUCCAAAUGGUUGUUGGUAGAUCGGAUACGGUUGCGGCUGGAAGUUAACGAAAAUUAUUUAUAUUAUUUAUUAAAUUUCACAUUUAUUGAUUUUGUUAACGUUUACCCCCACCCCAACCCUAAACCCAACUGACACAGUAACGUAAAAACAGUAGUUGUACCAAGUAUUAUUUAUGCUAUUAAAUUACCCAAGACAUUGUCAUUUUUAACCCUAAACCCAAUCGUCACAGUACUGUGAAAAUAUGAAUUAUUGUUAUACUGUGUCAUAAAAAUUGCUGCCAUAAUAAUGUACAUAUCGCACUUCCGGCCGGCCGAUCUAGACUUUACCAAUCCAGCGCCAGUGCCCGAAAGCUCCACCCCUUCUGCUACAUGAGCAAAGCAGCGGCCGUUGAGUGUGUGAUGUGUCCAACAAUCUACACUUCUGUUUAACGGUUGAAGUUUUCAGUGUGAACGCACUACUUACACUAUUUAUACUAAAAAAUGCCAUAGAAUAGUGCAUAAGUAUGCGAUUUGGGACGCACAUUUUGACACUUGCGCUGUUGUCUGUUGGCAAUAGCAUAUCGAUGUAUGAAAGUCUUAAAAAUCAAGCAAAACUCUGUAGGUCGGUGAGGUGAAAUUAAACAUUUUGCACAAAAGAGGUUCUUGUUCAGUGACAGUAAUGCAUGAAGCAUCAACAGUUUGUUAAAAUGAAGCCACAUUUUGUUGAUAAACAGAAUUAUAUCUAAUUUAAACCAGUUGUAAAAUCUGCUGGAGAAAACAUUUUACGCUUAAGCAGAUUUCCACGCAGCAUCGAUUACUAUUGAAAUAGCAUAUAUUUCAAUGUUAAAAACGUAUCACACAUUUAUGCAUAGAUAAGCAAAGCAAAACUCUCUUAAUGCUAAGAAACAGCUAUUAUUUUAAGCACAUAUCAUGUACAUAGCACACAAAUAGUUUCUUCGUGCACAUCUGAAUACAUGUUUCAUUUUUAGGGGAUCUGGUAGAAGAUACUUUGCAUUGUAGAGAACCUAGGUCUUGUGGUGUUUCGAAGCCUUGCAUAUAGACUAGUGUUUUGACUGGUAUCUGAAGAGUGAUUAUUAGUCUUCUUUUGCAUACGUAUCCAAACAGGUAGUCAAAAGCAGACUGUAGGGUUGUUUCUUAGCACUGUCGGUCUGUUGUGCGCAUGUUAGUGUGUUUGAACGAGGAUGCAUGUAUCAUUUGAAUGCGUGUUUGAGUGAUUGCGUGCUUUCUGUUGGGAUUUUUUCCUGUCCCGUAUGCAGUUGUGACAUACUGUACUAAUUUAUAUACUAACCAAAAUAAAGAGAUAAAUAAGAA